AUGGAUGAUCAACAGAUUGAAAGUGAACGUAGUACCGAUAUUGAUGAAAUUGAAAUAAUUGAAGAUAGUCUUCAAAAACCAAAUAUAUUUAAUAAAUAUUUACCUUUUUAUGAUUCAAUUAAACGGCAAGGUUAUGAUUUAUUUGACGAAAUUCGUGAAAAUUUAUCACGUAUUAUUCAAUUACGUGAAUUACGACCAGGUUUUUCACAUUGGUCGUCGAAAUUACAACGUUUUAUGUCACAUUAUGGUCUUUAUUUUACAAAAACUGAUCAUAUUAAAACAAUUAACUUGUAUAUGUCAGUACUUACAAUAGAAGAUUUAGAUUUUUCACAUGUUAAAACAUGUUUUGAUAUGCUUUAUGAUCUUACAAGAAAAACACGUUUAAUCGCCCGUGACGAUUUAAUUGUUGAUUGGCGUUUAUUAUAUAAAUGGACUAAAGUCAUACUUCAUAAUCAUGAUGAAUCAUAUUCAUUAGUUUCAGUACCAAAUGAAAUUGAAAAUUCAUUAUUCUAUUGUAUUCGUGGUUGUCGUCCAUAUUUUUCAGCAACAGCUACACAAGAAAUUCUUGAUGAAUUCCGACCAUAUUUAUGUCCGUUUGAUUCAGCAUUUUCGGAUACAAUGCGAAUUUUUGAAUUGUUUUUACCUGUUCAUUUACCACCCAAUUUACAUGAUCAAGGUUUUAAAUUAUGGUUACCAGAAUUUUUAGGUAUUUGGGAAUCUAUUUAUAGUAAUCCAGCAUGGGAAUUGAAUAUGGUAAAUCUAUUUUCAUUAUUAGCAUGGUGUAAUAUUGGUUAUAUCGAUUGGGAACCUUGGCUAUCACGAAUAUUUACACGUAUAUUAAAAAGUUUCUCGUUACCAGUUGGUAAAAUUCAAGUAUCUCUUCAACAAUAUCAUUAUUCAAUGUCAAGUGUUACAACAUGGAUUGUCGCUAUGUUAGGCAAUGGAAGUUCAUGUUUGCAACAUUUACAAGAUUUAUUUACUGCAAUUAAAAGUUUUUAUCAUCCAUCAAAUACAGGCAAAUUUCAACAAGAUUUAAUAAGUUUUCUUUCAAAAUUAGCACAAGCAUUUGUUGAUCGAGUUCAUUUAGAACGUAAAGCUAAUCCAGUGUGGUAUUUUACUCCACCUGAAUCUUAUCGAUUAACUGAACAGAAUAUAACAGAUUUUGUAAAUUGCAUUAAAGAAUGUGCCUUUAUUGCUAUAUUUACUAAAGCUCAUCUUAAAGAAGCUGCUAAAGCAUGUCAAUAUUUAUCAAUGCUUCGACCAGAACUUAUUGUUCCACCAAUUGUUGAAAAACUAUUCUCGUCUAUUGAUAGUAUGAGUGAACCACAUCGUUUUACUUCUAUAAUGACUUGUUUAGCAAGUAUUGCACGUCAAAUUGUUCGGCAAGCUCCAUAUUUUUCACAAGGUCAAACAUAUGUUAUACCAUUAUUAAUGGCUGUUCUACCUGGUAUUGAUUCAAAUGAUUUCAAAAAAACCGCUGUAACAUUCCAGUUUCUUAAUGCUAUUCUAAUGCUUGUUACAUGUGUUGAUUGUUCAUCGGCUGUUCAUACUCGAAAUGAUCUUACUGAAAUUGAGAAAGAAGUUUGUUUAUCAACAGCUAAAUUUGAAGAUUUCAUAACUGAAUUUCUUAAUCGAACAUUUCAAAUGAUUGAUACAUUAUCUACUGAAAUGUCUGAUGCUGUUAUUGUCAGUUCAAAAAUAAAUUUAGAAGAUCAUGUUACCGAAUUAGCAUUAACAUCAAUGAUGUUUGGUAUUGUUCAACAAUGCAGUAAUAAAAUAUUUCAAAUGGUGCGAGAAAAAGUAACUAAUUUUCUUGCUGGUUCAUUUUUUACACCAAAAGUUGGAAAACUUGUUACCGGCCUUGUUCGUGCUAUUCUUAAAGGAAAUCCUGAAGAAACACUCAAAUAUCUUUUACCACAAACAUGUGAACGUAUUGAAAAAAUAAUGAGUCAUUCAGAAACAACAAUAUUAACUGAUCAUAAAGGAGAUACUGAAUUAACAUGGUGUUUAAUACUUUUCUCUGAACUUGUUCGUGCUCGUGGUGAUACACUGCUUAUGUAUAAACCAAUGAUUCUAUCUGUUUUUCAUCGAUGUGUUCGUAUCAUUCACAAAGAAACACAUGAAGCUGUAGCAAAUGCUGCAAAAAAUUUACUUAAAUCAUUAUCAUAUGUAUAUCCAAUUGAAUAUCGACUAACAGUUGAAAAUAUUGAAGAACCAUUUACAGAUUUCUUACCCAUUCGAGCAUGGGGUCAACAUGUUGAAUUUGAUAAACUUCAAGUUCAAUUUCAUAUUCCGAAUGGAGAAGAAGUUGACUUCGCAUGUGAAUUCGUUGAAACAUUUAUUUAUCCUGAAUUACAAUUAUUGAACGAGAAAUGUUCAAAAAUGUCAAAUGAAGAACGAUUGCGAUCAUUAACUCUUGUUCAUUAUAUGUCUAUUGGAUGCUUACGUAUGGUACCACGUAUCGACAGUAAAGAAAUUGAAAAUCUUGUACCAUCUGUUGCUCCAUAUGCUUCAAAAUAUCAAGCUCAAUAUUCGAUUUAUGCCAAAGAGCCAAAAUUUAAAGAAAAUCUACGAAUGUGUCUUUUAGUUGAUAUUGGAAACUUAAUCGAUAUUCUUGUUGAAAAUCAUUCCGAUGAUGCGUCAUCGAUAAAAACUGCAUUGAAAAUUUAUUCAUUAUCAUCAAUUUAUUAUGGUGUAUUUAAACAUGAUGCAGAUAAAUUACAUAAACAUUUUGAAGCAGCCAAAAAUUCAUUUAUUAACAAAUUGUAUGGUGAAAGACAAUAUCCACGAUUUUUAAUGGUUGAAAGAAUAGCAUUGCAAUGUGAACGAUUUUCUUUAACUAAUUUUCAAUCAUUAACUGAAAUUGACAAACAAGUUAUACUCAAGUUAUUCGAAUUAUCUAUCAAUCGAUAUAGUGAAGUUCGACGUGACGCUCAAGGCUAUUUAUUUUCUGUUCUUAAUCGUUAUUUAUUCUCCUAUCAAGUUAUUGUUGAUCGCAUUAUUGAAUUACUUAAUAGUCCAGGUGAAGCUGAUCAUGACCAAAUAAAAGGAUGUCUUUACAUUCUUCUUGGUAAUCAUUCAUUCUUUUUACCAACUAAACAUUCAUGGUCAAUGAUUGAAAAACUUUGGCCAGCAAUGGCAAGAACAACACAUGCCAAAAAGCCGACAACGCAACGUUUAAUGGAUCAUAUUAAUGAAACUAUUGGCAAACAAUAUGAUACACAAGCAUUAAUAGAAGAUACAAACGACAUAUCAAGAAAAGCAGCAGUAGAUUUAUGGAAACCACUAGAAGCAAAUGAAUUAGAAUCAAAAAAUAUAUUAAGACUACAAAGAAAUGAAGAAAAUGUCAAGUCAUAUAUUAAUCUUAUGGAAACACUUAAUUCAUUACUGCGAGGCGAUUCUCUGUAA